AUGAGUAUGGAUGUCGACUUGGCGUGGACCAUUAUCCUCCACGCUCCAGGGCGAAACAAGCGUUUAACGAGAGCCAUCAUCAAUACAAGUAAGCAAGCGGCAGUCACCACCGAGACCGGGGCUAUCAAGAAACUACUCAAGAAGAUUUACGACCACAUCACCAGACUGUUCAAGGCCCUCAGCGCUCACUUUGACGGUGACGACUCCCGACCGACCGAUAAGCUCGUCCUUGAUACUUGGCGUUCCUUCUUACAACCUAUUCGGGCACUGCGAAAACUUCCUUCCUGCGGAGAAUUUGUCGCCGCGAGGUUGCUCCUCUUCACUGGAGGGGCAUUUCUUGAGGAACCUGGGCUGAGUCUGAGUUAUAACGAAGAAACCCUGGUCGAAGAGACCAAUCCCUUGCAUGGAUUCACCGCGGAUCUCGAUGAUGCACUCCUUGAGCCGUUAAAGAAGAUGUGGGAGCUCAGUCAAUUCCGCGAGCGUUUCGACUGGGUGUUCACUCGUUUUAAUGUCAAUGAUUAUGAAAUGACCGAAGCACUUGCACUUUCUCCACAAGAGCUUGAGGAUCUCGAUGGAAUCCGAGGUAUCAAGUAUUAUUACCUCGCUUCAGACGAUGCAAAUGAUGCGGACGAUGCAAAUGAUGCAGACGCUGCGGACGAAUCAGACGAAUCAGACGACGACGACGAAUCAGACGAAGACGAUGCAGACGAACUUGAGCGAUACAAUCUUUACACAGGACCGAUGCCCCGGUGGGACUGUGGUGAGCAAGACUGGGAUAAUCUCGAAUGGAAGCGCAGGGGUUCCGAUGGUCCUAUAACUGGCUGGUUAGAAUACAGAAUCCAGGAGGAUGAACUGCCUGAUGAGAACUUCAUGAAUGGCUUUCAUAUAUUUCGCCGAUCGCACCAGUUCUGCCUUGAUGCCAGACAAAAGUCUGAAGCCCACAUCGGGCGGCAACAGCAUCAAACAUUUGACGAGGUCGCACGUCGCUGUGGUCUCCCUCCGGAAAUGCGCAACAGAAUCCUAAGCUACAUCGAAUACCGCGAUCCAUUUCCGUACCUGGAGAAACUUGAUCUCGCAGAGGCAUAUGUCCCUUUCCCCAAAGUCGGCAAGCACUGCACCCGCUGUGACAACACCGAAGAAGAAUCGAGUGCCAAUCAAACCUGUCCUCAGAAAGCCAUCCACGUAUGGAAUCUAGCCUUGCGCCGGUUCCACACAUUCCAUAUGGACGACUGCCAUGGAUGGUCUCUGUGUACCCGACACGACUGCACCGGACACCACGACGACGGAGAAAACUGGAAAGUCACAGAGGAGCCUCAGUUUACCAGAUAUAUUGAGUCCCUGGCUGCAAGAGGCAACGAUGAGUUUGUAUCUCUUGACAAAGUUGGCCUCGGGCCCAUGAGCCCCAUUCGACUCAAGGCAGAAGCCGACGACGAAAGGGAGGAUGCGCUUUUCAGAGGCCGCGGCAUUUACUAUGAAUCAAGUGAGGAUGCAAAGAUGAUUGGAGGUCUUGGAGGAUUGAAGCACGCCAUGAUCCAUGGACAUACCCUGCUUGCCGUGUGGAAGGGAGAUGACUGUCAUUCGAGUUUCCAUCACGGUGCUAAGGCCGUGGAACCAACCUGGCAGUACGCACGUAGUUUGUACGAUGAGAGGGUCGCCAAAGUGGUCAUCAAACGUCUGCACUCGGGGGAUGAUUGUGAGUCGUGUAUCGAGGCAGAUGAAGAAUUCAUCGACUUCCCAUGGAUGGCUAUUUGA